AAACAAAAACCUAAACCCCUGACCUUUCUUCCUCUCUCUCUCUCUCUAAAACCCUGAAUAGGGUUUAGGGUUUUGCGAAGAUGAAUCGAAGGAACACUCGUUUGAGGAGGGAGUACUUGUACAGAAAGAGCUUAGAAGGCAAAGAACGCAUUCUCUAUGAGAAAAAGCGAAUGAUCAAAGAAGCCCUUCAAGAGGGAAAACCGAUUCCAACGGAGUUGAGAAACGAGGAGGCGGAGCUUCGGCACCAAAUUGACCUCGAGGACGAAAGCACUGCCGUCCCGAGGACACAUAUCGAUGAUGAGUAUGCAAAUGCAUCAGAAAGAGAUCCUAAAAUUUUGAUAACUACAUCCCGUAAUCCAAGUGCUCCACUUACACAGUUUGUAAAGGAAUUGAAGUUUGUUUUCCCUAAUGCACAACGGAUGAAUCGUGGUGGCCAGGUUAUUAAAGAAAUUAUUGAAACUUGCCGUGCACAUGAUUUCACAGAUGUUAUCCUAGUUCAUGAACACCGUGGUGUGCCAGAUGGUAUCACUAUAAGCCAUCUACCCUUUGGUCCGACUGCAUAUUUUGGAUUACUCAAUGUGGUUACAAGACAUGAUAUUAAGGACAAGAAAGCCAUUGGAACAAUGUCUGAGGCUUACCCACAUUUGAUACUUAACAAAUUUUCAACAAAGCUAGGUGAAAGGACAGCAAACAUUUUGAAGCAUCUUUUUCCAGUGCCAAAGCCAGAUACCAAACGCAUUAUAACUUUUGCUAAUGAGUCUGACUAUAUUUCAUUCAGGCAUCAUAUUUAUGAGAAGCAUGGAGGUCCUAAAUCCAUUGAGCUUAAAGAAGUUGGUCCUCGGUUUGAAAUGCGGCUUUAUAAGAUAAUAUUAGGAACAUUGGAUCAAGAUGAAGCUCAGACUGAAUGGGUCAUCAGACCAUACAUGAACACAACCAAGAAAAGGAAGUUUCUUGGGGAUUGAUGCCACCUUUGAGAAAAUAUUACGCUUUGUUUUGCAGUGAUUUUGGCCCCAGAUAUGCUUAAGCUAGUUGCUUGUUAUCAAUCAUACACUGUCAGGUAUAUUUAUAGAAAUGUGAAACAUCAUAAAUUUGAUGGUGGAACCUUUUUAGUUUCAUUUGAGGGAUUUGAGAAAGUGACAAUUAUUUUUUUCUUCAUAUUUGUAAUUGUGAUUUGUGAGACUGAUAUUAUCUACAUGGGAGAAAGUGGGAGCUUAGCAUAAUUAAUAUGCAAUUUAAA